AUCAACGAGGACAUCCAUCACAGGUAUUGCUCAGGUAACACACAACGUUAGUGCUAUCCCGAGGUAGAGAGCAUCAGUACGGCAGACAGGAUGGAUGUACAAAGUGUACCUUAAUAUUCCAAACUUUCGGACAGUUUCUCGUUUUCUUUAAUGUAAAUAUGUGAUUUCUACUUUGGUUGUAUACUGUUAAAGAGGGGUCAGGCGUAUGUGAUACACAAACCAAAACACGCCAGUAGUCGUGGUCGCAUCGGCAAUAUGGUGAUGGACACGCCUGCUCCAGAUAUCUCCUCAAGCGGAACCAGUAUCGCUAACCAGGAAACUAUCUCCAACUUGGCACACUCGCAGACGACAGGAGAGGAUUUAGGUUUAUCAAAGAAGGCGGCAAAAAAGGCCAAAAAGAAAGCAAAAAAGAAAGCCGAAAAGAUAGAAAGUAAAAAAGACAAGAAAAAAUACAGAAAUGAAUUCAACAAAAUCGUCAAAAAGUUGGUUGAAGACGGUCACGUGAAUGGAGGGGAAAGUGUAGUCGGAGACGUGACCCCCGGGCAGAUAAAUGAGCCCGAGUCGAGCACGGUCAUCUGGUCCCCGGCCCUCGCGCAGCAAAAUAACGCAACGAUGGGAAUCGAGGACAGUGAACACAUGCAUGACUUGCUGCAUUCAUUUUUAUUUGGCAAUGGGGACGACGAUUCCGGUCCCCCACUGAUGAACCUGGGGGAAAACCCUCAACGUAUCCCACACAGUGACAUGAUAUCGGGAACAGAUUCUAACUAUUUCUCUGGAAGGGAAACGUCUGGAAAUCACACGAGCAUGUUAUUAAAUAUUGCUGAAACCACAACAGCGAUUGUUGAUUCUGGACAAACACCAGAGAGUGUUGCUUUAAACAAUAUUCCAUCCGGAACUCCUCCCGCUCUCUUGGGACAAGAUCCCGAGGGUGACGAUGAUGAUCCCCACCCCACGGCCAAGGAGAGUGGUAUGGCCGGGGGUGUGGAUUCCACUGUCAAGGAGAGUGACAUGGCUGGAGUUGUGGAUUCUACUAUUAAAGAAAGUGGAAUGGCUGGGGAAGUGGAUUUUACUUUUAAGGAAAGUGAAAUGGUCGGGAAUGUGGUUUCUACUAUCAAGACUGUUAACCCGGCGAGUUCCCCGGGGGCUGGAGAGGGUCCCAAACAAAGUAUUACGAUACAUGUUCACCAUCCGCCCGACAGAAACAAAACACUAUCUCUAAAAAGGAAGUGGAAGAAGAGUUGCAAGAGAGAUUAUUAUAACCUACCCCAGGGACGUCAGUGUUGUCUCCGGGCCGUCCGCUGUUUCGACCACCUACCAGAGAUAUUGGAUGAGAUUGAAAACUAUGACGACACACAAACCAAUCGGUUGUUGGUCUGCAGCCACGUUCGGAGUUCCCUUACCUGCAUGAGUUCUACCCUGAAACAGAAACAGUGCCGAAGUACUGCCAAGGCCAUCAAUGAAAAAUUUAAACCACAACUUUCCACCAUUAACAAUUUUUUCGACCCAAAAUGCAUCAAUACAGGACAGAAGACGACGACGACGACGACGACCUUGGCGCCACAGGGUGAAGGUCAGACAGGGUCUGGUAGUGAUAGUCACAUGAACGCUGGUAUCAUUGGGGCAAGUGUGGGCGGUUUUAUCCUCAUAGGCUUGAUCCUUUUGAUAAUUCUCUUCGUCAGACGGAAAAUGCCGAAACGAGGACAAUCAAAGAAGAAGACAUCUCGCGACAACGACGUGAACAAUAAACGUGAAUCGUCUCGCUACCAAGACAUGGAGUUUAACCGCGUCCAGAGGCAGCAUUCUGACGUGUAUGCGGAAAUUGACGAGCGUUCGAUGCAUUCAUUUCGAAACCCAGAAAUGAACGGUUACCUUGACCCAGACGGAGUCCGACCUCUACCAUCAGCUCCUCCGGAUGGAACAGUUCCGGAAGAUCAACACGGCUACCUGACUCCACAGAUCCGGAAGGAUAGUGCUGCACCUGUAGUCGAGGAGGCGACGGGUGGAUAUACCGUGCUACAGAGCGCCGAGGAUGGAACAGUGUCCUAUACAACUCUCAAACCUACCGAAACGGACGACGAUGCUGACUAUAUUUCUCCGGACGAGGACGCUGCAUCACCAAAGCGGCGAAGUGUACCAGGGUCCCAAGGCAACACGACUAAGCCGACACCAAAGCCAAGACAACCUUCCACGGGAGAGGAGCCGUACCACGCGUACUUUAUACUGGAGAAGGAAAACAUCGAGCACGUGUGAACUUUUUUUUCUGAUUGAUUAAAGCACCCGUAAACCUUUCCUGAUGUAUGGAUUAAAGCCAAUGUAAACGUUCUUAAUUAGCGAAUUAAAGCAUGUGUAAACUUUCCUGAUGGAUUCAUCAACGCUCGUGUAAACGUUUUGUAUUUUGUGAAUAAAAGCACGUGUAAACAUUCUUUAUGGGUGAAUUUAAAAACGUGUAAACAUUCCUUUGUAUAAUUCUAAUCACAUGUAAGCUUUCUUUUUUGUGUGAAUGAAAGCACGUGUAAGCUAUACUUAUGGAUGAACCAACGCACGUGUAAACCUUUCUGUGGAUGCCAUGGAAAAACAAGCGCAACCCUUAACGGCGGAUGACUGAAAUCACGUGUAAGCUAUUGUGUUCGUUUAGUCUUAGUAAGAGUUCUUCAAACAUGCGAAAACAGGACUAAUUUGUAUGUGUAUGUUGACUUUUAACGGAUGACACGUGUAAAGUAAGUUAGACGACGUAAAACACGUGAAAACUAUUGUGUGUCGUUUUGAAUACAUUUAUCCAAAAUGAAGCACUUCAUUAAUCCACGAUGGCUGACUCUGAGCACGGUACAACUGUUUGGAUGGAUUCACCUUAAUGGAGAAGUCCAAGCAUGCACGAGUGAAUGCAUUCACCAUUAAUUCAGCUUGGCGGAUGAUUUCGAGCACACGUAAUUUACUUGUAUUUUUCCUGUCUGUAUUACUUCGUGUACGUGUUGAAUUAUAAUGACAAGCACGUGUACUUAAUUAUAGAACAAUGACAACUAGGAAAACGUUACAUCCGGGCCUCCAAGCUGUGUUCUUGCCCGCCUAUUCCAUAGGAUAGCUCCAUUCUAUGACAGCAAUAUUGUAUUGAUUGUUGAUAAAACAGGGUUGCAUGUAUAAAACUAAUGAUUUAUUCAAGAGACGUUUUUUUCAAGUCAAAGAACUAACAGUUUUCGUAUUUUUUUUUAUAAUAAAAAGAGACAAAAACAAAA